CAUAUCCAAACCUGAUACUAGAAGAUAAUAUCCCACUCAGUCAGCUUCCUCGUCUCCUCCUAUUUUUGGAGGGAGGAAUUGAAAAAUAAAAAUGAAUUCCAUUGGGAACAAUUUCACUACAGACCUUCUCCUUCUCAGACCCCCUUUCAUAAACCCUAAACCGAAAUUUAUGAACCCUAAAUUUCCCAAUUCAAUAACCCUAACAAAACCAUCAAAUCCCAGGAGAAUCGCUUGUUGUUCCACACCCAAUACCAGCAGCUCCUCUUCUUCAACAGCUUCAGUUACAGAAGUGGACAUGGUCAAAAACAGUCAAGGGAUUUGGUCAGCUAAGAGGAAAAGAGUAGUAGUUUUAUGGGAUCUUGAUAAUAAACCACCUCAUGGUCCACCAUAUCAAGCAGCAAUGGCACUGAAAAAGGUAGCUCUUAAAUUUGGUGAUAUUGUUGAGAUAUCUGCUUAUGCUAAUCGUCAUGCUUUUAUUCAUUUACCGCAUUGGGUUCGUCAAGAACGUAGCGAACGUCGCGAAUUAGAUAUUCUUGAACGUAAAGGUGUAAGUAUACCUACUGAUCCUUAUGUUUGUGGUGUGUGUGGUCGAAAAUGUCGUACAAAUAUUGAUUUGAAGAAACAUUUUAAACAAUUGCAUGAGAGGGAAAGGCAAAAGAAACUUAGCAGAAUGAGGUCACUUAAAGGUAAGAAGAGACAGAAAUUUAAAGAACGUUUUGUUAGUGGGAAUCAUAAGUAUGAAGAAGCAGCUAGGUCAUUGAUAAAGCCGAAAGUAGGGUAUGGACUUGCUGCCGAACUUAGACGUGCAGGGGUUUUUGUGAAAGAAGUCGAAGAUAAACCACAAGCUGCAGAUUGGGCUGUUAAGAGACAAAUGCAGCAUUCGAUGAAUAGUGGGAUUGAUUGGUUGUUUUUGGUUUCGGAUGAUUCGGAUUUUUCUGAGAUGCUUAAGAGGGCUCAAGGUUCUAAUUUGGGUACAGUUGUUAUUGGUGAUUCCCAUAGAGCAUUGGGUCCUCAUGCUGAUUUUUGGGUUCCGUGGAAUGGGGUUGAGAACGGAGAGAUAGGUGAGGAGGAGUUGAUGUCCUGGAAGAGUAGAUUAGAAUUCAUGGAAAGGAGUGAUCAUGAAUCCUUUUCAGUGAGGGGUUUUGACGAUGAUAGUGAUGAUGAAGACGAAGACGAAGGCGAUGAUGAUUAUAGUGAUGAUGAUUAUGAUGAUGUGGUGGAGGACCGUAAUUUGGAUCAGUUAGUGGAUGAGCUUGUUAUUACGAAAACUGGUUUUCAUGGUCCUAGGAUUUCUGCAUUUUCAGAAGGUGAGGAUGAGGAGUACUAGUUGUGUGGUAUCAAAUUCACAAAGACGGGCGAUAACGCUUGUUUUGAAACCUCAGACCAUUUGGUAUAAAAAGAUGUAGGACAGUGAAGAAGGGCCACAUGGGUUCUUUUAAUUUAGGCUCAAUCAGUUUGGCACCGAUUCUACUACUGAAUUUAGUUCAUUAAGGGACUUGACCGUUUAGCAGCUACUCCAUGACAUGGAUGAGGAAGAAGUAAAAAGGAGCAGGAAAGAGGACCACCAGCUAUUUAUUGUGUAAUUCUUAAUCAGGGAGAACAUUGUCUGUGACGUCGGUUAAUUGUACAAGGAUGUAUACAGAGAAUGCCAAUUAUCACACCAUCUUGCUAUCUAUUUUGCUCUUGGCUCACAUUACAAAUCUUGUAUCUGCUACAACUUAUGGUACUCCAAUAAUUUCAAAGCUCAACAUAAGAUCGAACGUGUUUAACACCGGGUCUGCAGAUGGCGUACGUAUUCCUACUUUAAAUUAUUUCAGAUCAAUAUUCAUGUUUGAUGUGUUUGCUAUUUCAGUUGACGUGUUUUGCUUAUUCAACUUAGGACUAGCAAUUAAUGGUUUCGUAUCACAAAGCAUAAGUGUUCAUGGUCUCUUCUAGUUUUUAUCAGUGCGUUGCCAGAUUUUCGAAGUACAUGUCUGCAUGAUUCUUUUACCUAACAUACUUUAUUCGAAAUGUCACUGUGUUUGCAGCUAAGUUAAAGAGAACCUUACUGUUCACUCAUUGAAUGUUUGUUUUUUGUGUGCAAAUGAUCGCGCAUCUCUGUUGCAUUUGCUGGAAUACUUGUCCUUAAGAGUUGUUAUAUAUUGGGAGAGUCCAGCAAUAGACAUUUAUGCUGGCCAUAAGGAACAAAUGAAAUGCUGGAAUAAGUUUGAAAAUCCUUGUACAGCAGACAUUUCACACCCGUGUCUACAAAGAUAUUGCACAAUAUGUAUUCCAGGUUAAGCUAUCAUUUAUUUCCUUA